CAGAAUGCUGCGCGUGCUUCUAGUCACGACGGUGCAGUGUGCAAGCAGAGAUCUCUAGCGGUGUUGUACAGUCGGUGUAGCAACAGGGCUGGAUACUGCGGACUGACUUGAGGCUACAAUUGUUGUGUGACGGACUUCACGUAUCGCUUUUGUAUUUCACUGUAUAUGUAAUAAGUUACGGCAAAUAAUUAAUUAAAACUCAAUGUUAGUUAGCGUCAUACCUGAGGUAAAAUUGUGUAAUUCCAUUCAUGUAUACUGGCAUCAAGCUGUUUCCCCUUUGCUAGCAAGCUAGCGAACAUAAUUUCAACAGUAGGUCAGCUAUCUAAUUGUAUUAAGCAGGUCGGUUGUAUCUAGCCAUCUACUUGGAUAGAAGGACUCAAUUAAUCACCGAGGCAUUUCCUGUGGAGGACAAACUCGUAUUUGAAAUCCCCAUGCCCAGUCAAGUAUGAACGUCCCGAAAACUGGCUACCGUGUCUUCUCUGCUAACUCCACUGCAGCAUGUACGGAGUUAGCCAAGAAAAUUACAGAGCGACUUGGGGUUGAGUUGGGGAAAUCAGUUGUUUACCAGGAAUCUAACAGAGAGACUCGGGUUGACGUGAAGGAGUCGGUUCGAGGACAAACUAUCUUCAUCAUCCAGACCAUUCCCAGAGAUGUCAACACAGCCAUUAUGGAGCUCCUGGUCAUGGCAUAUGCUCUCAAGACCUCCUGUGCGAAGAACAUCAUUGGAGUCAUCCCGUACUUUCCCUACAGCAAGCAGUGCAAAAUGAGGAAGAGGGGCUCCAUCGUGUGUAAACUAUUGGCAUCCAUGCUGGCCAAAGCAGGUUUGAGUCACAUCAUCACCAUGGACCUGCACCAGAAAGAGAUCCAGGGCUUCUUCAGCUUUCCUGUGGACAACUUGCGUGCCUCGCCAUUCCUGCUCCAGUACAUCCAGGAGGAGAUUCCAGACUACAGAAACGCAAUCAUUGUUGCAAAAUCGCCAGCUGCAGCCAAGAGGGCACAGUCGUAUGCAGAGAGGCUGCGUCUCGGCUUGGCCGUCAUACACGGGGAGGCUCAGUGUGCAGAGUCCGACAUGGCGGACGGACGACACUCGCCUCCGUGUGUCCGCAACACCUCAGGACACCCCGGCCUCGAGCUGCCAUACAGCUCCCCCCAUGAAGUAAUGAUGGCCAAGGAGAAACCCCCCAUUACUGUGGUGGGAGAUGUGGGAGGACGCAUCGCCAUCAUAGUGGAUGACAUCAUCGAUGAUGUGGAGGACUACAUAGCAUCUGCAGACAUCCUGAAGGAGCGCGGCGCCUACAAGAUCUACAUCAUGGCCACGCACGGCCUGCUGUCUGCAGACGCCCCGCGCCUCAUCGAGGAGUCCGCCAUCGACGAGGUGGUGGUGACCAACACGGUUCCCCACGAGGUGCAGAAGCUGCAGUGCCCCAAGAUCAAGACGGUGGACGUCAGCAUGAUCCUGGCCGAGGCCAUCCGCCGCAUCCACAACGGAGAGUCCAUGGCCUACCUGUUCCGCAACAUCACCGUGGAUGACUAGACAGCCAAACGUCAGCCAAUCUCCACGCCAGCCAACCAACACUAGGCAAGCAUUAAGGGGAAGUGGGAGAGUGUGGUGGAGCAACUCCCCACAGUCAGCCGCCCAGACAGCUAAUCUUACUCCACCAGGUGCACAAGUGCCAAGUAUACUCUCCCCCUACAGUGACAUACCAAACACCAACAGCCACACACUUCUAUGCAUUUACAUUGGGAAAAGGGAGAACGGCGUGUAGAUUAGCAUACAGUCAUGUACAACCCAUAGAAAUGUGAACAUGAGUUCCACUAAAUACAGGUGACUUCAGAAAGUUUUGCAGGAGCAUGAAGGGGAGAUUUGAAAAAAAAAAAAAAACAUGGUCUAGAUUUACAAAUAUAUAUUCCGCAAUCUCAUUGAGACUCUCUUUCGAGGAAAAGCCAUGCAAUAAAGAGCUUUAGUAAGACCUCAUUUUUAUGAUUACAACAUGUGACCGAAACCUAUGCCAACUACACGCACUUGACAUGUAUGGUUAGCCACAGCAGCUUAAAUUUAACGAAUCCGCCAUUUCACACCGAAGUUACAAUGUUUACUCUGUGUGCGGAUGAUUGAAAUUGAUUAAGCACCUUGUUUUUUUGUCCCAUGCACAUGGAGUUGAUUCCAUGCGAGACAAACUGCUGCCAUUCAUGGCAUGGCAACACUGUGAUUGCAUCCCUGUACUUAUGAUACACAUGUAUACCAGACUGCCAGGCGCACCUUUAUGUCUAUUUAUUUCACGCCCGAGCCUUUGUCUAAACUGUAACAUCCCAAAACACAAUGCAGUGCAUUUGUGAAAAAGGCAUAUACAGCGAUGCAGUUUAAAAGGGCAUGCGACCAGUAUGUCUUACAUUUAUGAGACACCAUGUGUCUCAUAAAUGAACACCUAUUUAAAGGGAAUAGUUUUUUUUCUCAAAUGUAGGAUUAUUACAAUUGACUCGCUAACAUUGUGCAAAACAUCUUUAGUUGUGUUGGUACUGGUUGUGAAAAUUACAGUGCGUUUCAGCGAGAGCAGAUGGCUUGGCCUAACUAUGCUGUCAGUAAAUGUUGCUUGCUGUUCCCUCUGUUUAAACUCUCACAGGUGUGGGCAGUAACAGGUUGCCUCAUAUGAUGGAAACCUAUGCUUAUGUUUUUUUUAUUGAUGUACAGUACAGUCAAACAAGCACUUAGUUUUUUUCCACUUUGACAUCCCACCCUGUAGAUGUGGUUUGUCAUGGCCAUCGUCCAACAUGCAUGCUGGUUUGCUUGCUGUUCACCAGCAUUCAUCAGAUGCUUGGGUCUCUUGAAGAUGCAUCUGACUUUUUUUUUUUUUUUUUUGCACUUUUUCCUCAUUGAUGCGUCUGAUACUGGUAAUGUUUUAAGAGCCUUAUGCUCAGGGACAUGUGCUUGUUAUAGAAGCAAGACAACAAUCAAUUAGUGAAGAAGGGAACAAAAAUGCUCUAGAACGUCAAGGUAAUUUCCUGCUUGUCAUUGAAGCCUGUGCCUAUUAGUGUUCUUGUUGAUGUUUCUUGUACUGUCUGUUCUGGUUGUUCUGUGCGUAGCAUGUAGUCUGUGUUAAUUGUUCUGCCUUUUUCGAAAACUUUCUCCCGUCUUACUUUGUUGUGAGAUCCAUCAGUCACUCUUGACAGGCGUGCUUAGUAACAAACAUGGGCAACCUUCUACAGAUGUGUCUCUUGGUCUCGAGAGUGGCAGUUUCUAUGCCAACCACUUUUCUCCUCCUUAGUUUCUGGUGCAAAUAUAUGCUCUCCCCACCCCACACUGUUUCCACAAACCAUACAUUUAUCAACAUGCAUACCUUUACUGGUAUUACUUGACAGUUUGCGAGGCAGUCAUAUUUUUGUAAAUAAAUGCAACUUGGCCUGAA